UAGUGUCAAUAUUAAAAAAAAAAAUUUCUGAAAAUUAAAAAAAUGUUAGCAAAUUUAAAUAAAUGCGAUACAUGUUGCUGUUCUCAUUUAUAGUUCUAUGUUGGCAAACUACAGCUGAGAGACAACACAGUAUUCACGUCUUGCGUAAAGUUAAAAAGGACGAACUUUCAAAUGAACCGUGCAUGUCCAAUUUAUUUGUUAACGGAUUUCUUCAUUUAAAAGGUCAAAUGCUACUUAACAAAUAUCCAAAUGUACGUAUAAUACCGUUUGAACUACAUGAUGGGGAAGACGAUAAUGCUAAUCGGUACUCUGAUCCCUUAUCAAAGCCGGAGCUAAGAAAAGACUAUGAUCAUUUGGCACCACAUGACGAGACUUAUGCUAAAGAUAAACUACGCUAUAAUGAUCGUAAAGGGGGCGGAUAUAGUGACUCGAGUGCAGAUGCAUUUGAUAAUGGUAAUAAUGAAGACAUGGAACAAAUUAAUGUUAAACAUUACAAUUCAAGGCCACUGGGAACAAAUAAUAAUGACGACACUUUUGAAUGGACUGGAGAAAAUAGUAACAAAGAUCCGUCCAAAUUUGACAGAUAUCAAAUGUUUAGUGAUAAAACCGAUCAGGAUAGCUCAGAUCCAUUCGCAGACAAUAAUAUCAAAUAUAUGUCCAAACCUGCAUAUAAGUCUUUCAUGUCAUAUGGGAAGGAUAGUCAACCUGUUGCAAAUAAUAAUAUGGACAAUACUGCAGCGACAUCAGCAAAACAAAAAGGAUGUGAUCCAAAAACUGGUUGCGGGAAUAGCAAUGUAGAAGGUGAAACUAAAUCAAACUCAAAAUUAAAAAGUUCGAUAUUCGCGGCAAUUAAUCCGAACUCAGUAUUUCGAGCGAAACCUGUAACACCUAAUGUCAAUACCAAAAACAACAAUGCUGGAAAUCAAAACUUCUCUCCCAAUAAACUAACAAGUUCUAAUAGCAGUCAAAAAGGUACGAUAAGUUCGUCAAAUUCCGGUCCAAGUUUUUCUGUACAAAAAGUAAAUCAAAACUCAUUUUCACCUGAACAACAAAACAGGCAUUCAUUGCAAAUAUAUGAAAAGGUACCAACUUAUGAAAAGAUACCGACAAUAUUUACGAAUAAAGAACCAAAUAUGAUUAUGAAUCCAGAUCUUCAAAUACUCAAACCAGAGUCAAAACUUCACCAGACACUUCGAAUUCAACCAACCUACAGUAAUAACAAACUUGAAGAUGAUCAGAGUUCUGGUAAUUUAUUUAGUACGAAUAUGAAAUUAAUGCGAGUUCAUGUACCUCCGGACAUGGUAAGAGCUAAAACUAGUGAGUACAAACUUACACCAGUUGAUCAGGAUUUAAAUAACCACAAUUCAAUUGUCGCUAAAGAUAAGAUCCAAGGGAAAAGCUUCCUGAGUUCUUUUAAGGAGCCCAUAAGUACAUUUUUUAAUGAUCUAUCUAAUAAGUUUAGUCCAAUUAGUAAAAAAACUAUUGAUAACAUUGAAAAAAACCCGCCAAAUACUCAUUACUAUAUUCCGCAGGGUAGUGAAAAAAUAGCACCUGAGCCUCUAUUUAUUAAGGAUAUUACCCACGUGGGUAAUAAUUAUAAUUCUCAUGACAAUCCUACAGCAGUUAAGGAUCUGAAAACCAUGGAUUUCAAUAACAAUCUGAAACAUAUGGAUAAUAGUAAUAAUCUUUAUAAUAGUCUUGCAACCGUUAAGGAUUAUGAUAAAAUAAAAAGUCUUACAGAAGCCAAGGCUAUUGAAAAUAUUAACCCAUAUGACAGUUUUGUGGCAGUUAAGGAUGUAAAGAAUAUAGAUACUAACAAUUAUCCGAAAUACAUGGAUAGUAGUAAUAACCAUUUAAAGAGUCUUACAGCAACAAAGGAUAAUGAUAAUUUUAAUUCAUAUGGCGGUCUUGCAGUAGUACAGGAUCUAAGGAAUAUAGAUAACAAUAAUCUAAAAAGUGUAGAUAAUAGUAAUAAUCUUUAUAAUAGUCUGGCAGCAGUCAAGGAUGUUGAUAAAACUAAGAGUCUUACAGCAGUCAAGGAUAAUGAUAAUAUUAAUCGUUAUGAUAGUCUUAGAGCUGUGAAGGACCUAAAGAAUAUAAAUAACAAUAAUCUAAAAAGUAUAGACAAUGGCAUUCUUUACAACAGUCUGACAGCAAUCAAAGAUGUUGAUAAAACUAAAAGUCUCACAUCAGUCAAGGAUAAUGAUAAUAUUAAUCCUUAUGAUAGUUUUAGAGCCGUAAAGGAUCUACAAAAUACAGAUAAUAACAAUAACUUAAAAAGUAUGGAUAAUGGUAAUAAUCUUUAUAACAGUUUGACAGCACUCAAAGAUGUUGAUAGAAUUAAGAGUCUCACAGCAGUCAAGAAUAAUGAUAUUAAUUCUUAUGACAGUUUCACAGCAGUGAAGGAUGUAAAGAAUAUAGAUAACAACAACAAUAUGAGAGGUAUGGAUAAUGUUAAUAAUCUUUAUAACAGCCUGGAAACAGCCAAAGACUUAAAUAACAUUAAACCUUAUAACAGUCUUACAGCAGUUCAAGAUUAUGAAGGAACGGAUAUUAAUUAUAAUUCUUACGACAGUCCUACAGCGGCGAAGGAUUCUAAUAACAUUAAGUUUUAUGACACUCUUAAUGCAGUGAAAGAUUCAAACUAUGUGGAUAACAAUUACAAACCUUACGAAAGUCUAAGAGAAAUUAAGAAUUAUAAUAUCAUAGCAGUGAAGGAUUCUAAUAAUAUCAUUCCCUAUGAUAGUCUUACAGAAGUUCAAGAUAUUAAAAAUAAGGACGAUACUUAUAAACCUUACGAAAGUCUUACAGCGAUGAAGGAAUUAAAUAAUGUUGAUUCAUAUGACAGCUUUGCGACAGUUGAAGAUUCCAGCUUUACGGAUAAUAAUUAUGAUCCUAAUGAUAAUCUUAAAGCGGGUACAGAUUUUAGCGACGUUGAUUAUGAUUAUAAUUCUUAUAUCAGAAACUAUAUGAAUAAACGUGCUCCUGUUAAGAGACAGAAAUAUAAAUGGGAACCAUAUCGACAAGAGGAAGAAACAGUAAUGAAGCGUAGACAAGACGAAUCAGCAGAGCAUAGUAGAAUAAUAAGAACUAAUGACGAACAAGUUCCAGAGAUAGAAGUUCUCGAAAAUUUUAUACAUACAAGCUAAGUAAAAACUUCCCUAAUUAUAUGGAAAUUAAACAAUGUGCAUUUAUAUAUUUAUUAUU